AGAUUGCUAGGGGACCUACCGCGAGAGGGCUUUUAUAAUGGCGGGCUCCGCUGAGUUGAUGCAUAGCCUAUAGGCGGUUCACGUACGUGAGUCCGGUACGGGUACCUACCGGUAUACCAUAUCGUAUACCGUACGUAUGGCCCCGGCCCCACGUGUGAUUAAUUACGCGCGGACGUGUUUGGAUAAGAAGAGGAUCAUACGGUAUAGGAAAGAGAAAUAUCUACGAAAAUGAGUGCAAAUGCAGAGCAAGAGGAUUUUGAGGCACAAGUGACUGACUCUAUCCUUGAUGAAGAAGACGACAACAAGGUCCAGAAAACAGCUGACAAAGCAAUAGGCAGGUCCAGGUCUCGAUCCACCAGCAAGCAUAAAAGUAAAUCCUAUCGUUCGAGGUCAAGAUCCAGGUCUAGGUCCAGGUCUAGGUCCUAUUCAAGGUCAAGGCGUAGGAGGCAUCGUUCUCGCAGUCAUGAUCGACAUGACCGUGAUGGAGGUCGACAUAGAUCCUCUCGCUAUAGAGAAGGUAGAAGCCAUAGUCGCUCCCCAAUGUCCAACAGACGUCGUCACCAUGGAGACAGGGAAAAUCCCAAAGAAUCGUCCUCCCUUGGUGUGUUUGGACUCAGCCUGUACACGACAGAACGUGACCUGAGGGACGUGUAUGAACACUACGGAACUCUGACCAAUGUCAAUGUUGUCUAUGAUCAUCAGACUGGAAGAUCAAGAGGUUUUGCAUUUGUGAUGUUCACAAGCACUUCCGAUGCAAGGGAGGCUCGUGAGAGUACCAACGGAAUUGAAGUAGACGGUCGUCGCAUCCGUGUAGAUUUCUCCAUCACUGAGAGGGCUCAUACUCCAACACCAGGGGUCUACAUGGGAAGGCCGACAGGAAACAAGCGAGAAAGGGACCGGAGUUACCACCAGAGGGGGUACCAUCGCUCCCCGUCACCACACUACUACCGACGGUCCCCAUCCCCGUACUACAGACGUAGCCCUUCACCGCACUACUAUCGCCGCUCACCGUCCCCUUAUUACCGUCAUCACCACCACAGCAGCAGCAGUAGCAGGAGACACAGCUAUUACCCCAGGGAUCGCUCUUUCUCGCCAAGUCGAUACUAACAACUAAGAGCACUUUCUGCAUUCUGCAAUGACCAAGCUUUAUCAUCUUGUGUUUUGUAAACUUAUUCAUUUUUAGUAAUGUCUUAUGAUUUUGUAUCCAUUGUUCUUAAUCCCUCAUCCUCCAAUUAUAUUAAGGGAUCAUCUUAAAAUAUCAAGUAAUUCAUAUCCAUAUUAAGUGAUCAUCUCAGAUUACAAACUCAAGUUUCAGUUAUACAUUUUACAGUCAUAAUGGCCCUUAUUCAGAACUCUGGUGUAACUCAAAUCAUGGUGUUAUAUUAUGGUUUAUCUAUGGGUAGCCAGAUGGGAUGCAAAUGUCCAUUAUUGGAUGACAUUAUAUUUUCCACUCAAAGCAUUACAAACCAGUUGAAAUGGUAAGGAAGAAUAUUUUUCUUCACCAUAAAAAGAUUGGAAAGUUCCCAGUAAACUCACAAAAAGCUCUGAUAGCUUCUCAUACCGUGGUUUAAGUUAAUCUGGAGUACUCAAUAUGGGCCUAUUGAUUUAAAUUUUAGUUUAAUAUACAGACCUGGGCUCCGUAACACAAAGGUUUGCGAUGAAUCGCAAAUAUGAAAGAACCGCACUGAUUGGUCCCUGGUCAGUAUUUUAAACCUAAUGCACUUGUAACAUUGAUAUUGAUUGGUCAGUUCAUUUAGCUAUUGAUCGCUAAUGUUUGUGUUACAGAGCCCUGUAUAUAUUUUUUUUUCACCUCAGAGGCAUUAAUAUUUUUAUCUAUUUUACACAAAUCCUAAAACCUUCCCAGACUUCUCAGUUAGCUGAUUUUGUAAUAACAAUAAUUGAUCUCAUUCUCUUUAUCUUCAUAUUGUGUGCCAAUUUGUUUGAUGACAAUUUAGUCUGUCCCAUGUUAUGCAGUUACAUGGACUAAAUGUAGACCAAAUUGGGAUUAAGUAGAUUGGCAAAGCCUAUGUGGGAAUCAUGGAAGAUGCUGAAGGGGCUUUGUGGUGAUCCAUUUCUAAUCAAUUUCUCUGUUUUAUUUCUCCAUCUAUUGAAUUCAGAUUGGGAGAACAGGAUGUGAUCUCAAGUCAGAAUAAGAAGAUUAACAAUAUUUAGAAGAAUUGAAGAACAAUCAAGAAAAGUUUUAAAGAAGACAAAGAAAGUCAUUCAACCGAAGAAUUUUGGCAUUUUCUUAGAAGAGGAGAUUUUACUGUUGAAGAAAGCAGGAUAUGGUAUCAAUUUUUAAAAAAAGAUUGACAAAAAGUUUAGAAGAUUUGAAGAACAAUCAAGAAAAAAUGUUUGAAGAAGAUAAAAAAGAAAUCAUAAAAGCUGAAGAAUUUUGGCAUUUUUUCAGAAGAGAAGAUAUAUUAUUUUUGAAGAACAGGAUGUGAUAUAAAUACAGAAAAAGAAGAUUUCGAAAAUAGAGAAGAUUUGGAGAAGAACAAAGAAAAUGAUUUAAGAAGAUGAAGAAAGGAGGCAUUAAACCUGAAGAAUUUUUGCAUUGUUUUCAGAAGAGAAGAUAUUUACUGAUGGAAGAAAUGAACAAGAAAUGUGCUGCAAUCAAGAUCUAUGAAAAGAAGAUUUUUAAACUUCGACCUAAAUCUGCCAUAGCUUAGAAGAUUCUUGAAUGCACAUAUGAAAAUUGAAAUCUGAAGAAAAUGAAGGUCGGUCAUGUCAAGAAGACGUUUUCAGAAAUUUUCAAGAUGAUUUUCAUUGUUACGAAGAGUAGAAGAUGGAGAUAACCAAACAAAUUUGAAGAUGAAGAUUACCAAUAAAAAAGGGAAGAUUACCUGACAUGAGAUUGAUAUGAUUGUUCGAAAGCAUCACUCAUUACAGCUGCGAAGUAAGAAGUUAUCAAAAGAAGUUAAGAUGAUAAUAUACAAGGUGAAGAAUAAGAAGAUGUUUGAGAUCAUCUGAUUCAAGAUGAAUUUAUGAAGUUUGGAGAUCACAAGGUCCAAGUUAACAUUAAUAGGUUGAAGGUUAUAUGGUGCUAGAUGAAGUUAUGGGAUUGAAGAUUUACUGGUAGAAGAUGAAAGCACAAUGUUAAAGAUUAUCUGACGCAUGAUGAUCUCAUGCAAGAUGUAAUUAAGAAGUUGAAGAUCAUAAGAUUGACGAUGAUGUUAAGCCUUACAAUGUUGAGAAGUCGAAGAUUAUCUUGUAGAAGACUAGCUUAAGAAGUCAAAACCCACCUUGCACAAGGUGAAGUUAAGAAGUUGGAAGGUUUACUAGCUAGAGGUGAAAUCUCAAGGCUGAAGAAUGUCUGUCAAAAGAUGAAGUUAAGAGGUUGUGAUGCAAGAUGUAAUUAAGAAGUUGAAGAUCACAAGAUCAAGAAACAUGUUGGAAGAUUCAAGAUGAAGUUAAGAUAAGAUGUUGGAGAUUGUGAGGUACGGGAUGGAGUAUAGAAGUUGAAGAUCUUUUGGUUGAAGACAUUUUUGAAGAAGGUUGAAAAUGUUUGAGGAUGCAAGAAGAAGUUAGGUUAAAAGAAGAUUAUAUGGUUCAAGAAUGGCUUAAAGUGUCAAUUAAGAAGUUAAGAAGUUCAAGUUUAUCUGGUGCAAGACUAAGUUAAGAAGUUGAAGACAUGAUGAGAUGCAAGAUCACUGGUAAGUAAGUCUUUAAACACAGAUAUUUGCAAUUUGCUGAUUAAAGCUUGGAUUUUUUUUCCAUUUGAGCCAUUUGCUCAUACAGACAAAGACAGACUUUAACAGGAAGUAAUAUUUUUGGAUUGUGUUAGAGAAAAAAAUAAAAUAGUAAAUGAGAAUUUAAAGAACGUGUAUAUGUCCUUGGUAGGGUCAUCUAUCAUUUCUUUGCAUGCCUAGCAUAGAUAUUAGAAAAUAAGAUUUGGACAAAUUCAUAUCGUAAUUUUUUAUGAAUAUUCUCUGCACAACAAAAUGAUACUGAAGCAUUGAUUGUAAAUUCAGCAAUUGAGGUUUAGUAUUUGACUAAAGAUACAAUUUCAUUUGUGGCACUCUGCAACCCAAGUUGGGUUUAUAUGAUGAUUAUUUCUGGAAAUGUAGAUGAAUUAUAAUUGAGUUCUAUUGUUACGUCCAUGGUAAGUACAUUGAUGUCAUAAAAAGAGUUAUUUUAGGUAGUGUGAUGCUUUGAAUCAUAUGGACAAAACUACACGUGAUAGAUUGAAAGUUGGGCUAUUUUUUAAACCAAUCACUUUGGCCCUGUUUCAUAAAGACUUGUUAUAGUAACAAAUGCACAAUGUCUAUAACAAAUUUACUAUUAGCCAAUCAGAUAAAAGGAUUUCAGUAACUUUUAACUGUUAUUGUAGAUUUGUUUUUGUAGCAAGUUUUUGUAAACAGAUCCCUGAACUCUAUAUGUACAGUACAGUCAAGACUGCACAAGUCAAAUUGCAAAGUCAGAUCUCAAAGGCCCGAAUUCACAAAGGUGGUUUUUAAAACCUUGGGUUAAACCCAUGGUUUAUGGCGAUUUCUUGUAUAAAUUACGGCUGAUGUGCACUUUGGUCACAGUGCGCCAAAUUGACGCCUGUUGCUGUGGUUAUCCACGCUAUUUUAUUCAGGAGUCGACUGUUAAAGUGCGCACUGAAUUAAAGACUGAAUUAAAGCGCGCAUCAGCAUUGGACAUUUUCUAAUAUGCGCUAUAAAUAAGUGUAAUUUAUACUGGAACUCUGUGUAAACCAUGGGUUUAACCGAUGGUUUUAAAAACUACCUUUGUGAAUUCGGGUCAAAGAGUUAUGACUUGUUCAGAUUCACCUGCUUCUUGUUAGCUGGUAUAUUCAUGCCAAACCUUGAACCUGUCCGGUGUACCAGCCCAUGAUCAGCCUAACCUUGAGCCCGUUUCAUUGUUAUUGUUAUGAUAACUAAUUUGUAAUAACAGUUAAAAGCUACUGAAAUCGUUCAACCUGAUUGGCUGAUAGUAAAAUUGUUACAGAAAAUCUGCAUUUGUUAUGAUAACAAGUCUGUAUGAAAUGAGACCCUUGUCCGCAGGUUUCAUCGUGUCACAUUUCCUUUGUAGCACAGUCGCACCAACGAAACUGACUCCAAACCGAGCAAAUAUGUCAUUGGAAAUAAUGUAAUAUCUUUGAUUGGUCUGGAGUUGAUUUGGUUGAUGUGACUGUGCCAUAUGUUGGAAACUUCAAUUCUUUGAUGAGCAUGCGGACGGCUGUGCUUCACUGAGACUCCCAAGUCAAGAUGACCUACAGCAUUUGUCGGAACUGCUGGACGAUCAGAAUCUUCAACGACCGGGCUAGUCACCAGGCAAGCAGCGCAUGUCCAAGACUCACCUGCUUAAUCUUGUAAUGUCAGUCAGACUGUGGGAAGAGCCAAGAUGAAAACUCGUACUCUGUUCUUGUAGCAAUGUUGACCAUGAUGUAAAGUAUGCUGAAUUUAAAGCAACAUUUUCUAGAGCUGUUGGAUUUUGAUUAAACAAAUUGAUUGCAAGUCUAUAAUGAGCCUUUCUGAUUGGUUGAAAAACAAGUUUUGCUUGAUAUUCAAAAUGCGUUUAGUUGCGACUCUAUCAGAAACAAGCCCAUGGAUGAAAAAAUGCCUGAAGUGUUUUCACCUGAGCAUGUUUGGGGUUUUUUGACAAUCCGUUUGCUGCAAAAUUUUCCCAAAAGCCUCAAAAGUAUUGAGAGAGACGUGUUUUUAGCACAGCAUGGCAUUAGAUAAUUGCAAUUUUUCUUUUUUUUAAGAUAUAAAAUGUUACUAUAAUUGACCUAUGGUAAUUAAGACAUUUCUUUUUUAUUUGAUGGCAUUUUUUUAAUUUUCUUUUGUAGAUGGUUUGUGACAGGUCAAUAGUGUAUAUACAUGUAUCUCUUUUACUUAAGACUUCAAUGAAUUCUCAUUGAUGAAUUGAAUGUUCUAACAUAAAUGAAUUUAAUCUCUCUUAGAUUUUCCUUGUCUCUCUCUCUCUCUCCCUCCCUCUCUUACUCUCCCUCCCUCAUCCUUUCCUCUUUCUCCCUUUACUUGUAUCUUUGAUCCAUGAUUAAUUUACCCUUUUUUUACUUGUUUUUAAUCUGCCAAUGAACUGCAAGCAGUAUGCUGCAAUUCAUGUGGAUAUUUUAAUUUAUGUGUGUGUUUUUUUCUCUCUCUCUCUCACUCUUACUUUCUCACUUGCUGUAAACCUUUUCUGUUAUUAAUCGUCACUAUCGCUUAUCAAUCCGUGUGCCUUUUAUACUGUAUUGUAGGCCAUAUUUUGAUGUAGUAAGUUAACUUUGCAUACAUGUUGCUUUUUCUUCUUUUUUGUAUGAGCAGUAGAAGAAAUAAAUAUAUCCAUCCAAAUAAAUACACA